GAACCCUAAGAAGCAAGACCGAGGAGUUUUCAAAGGUUGGAGACGGCAAUGAUGGUGAAGGAGGAGAAACCACUAGUGCCGGGAAAGAAGAUGAUGAUGGAGCAGGUGGAGGAGAGGAUAGCAGACCAGAAUUUGGAGGAUGGAGUGGUGGAGAAGAAGGAGAAACCACUAGUGCCGGGAAAGAAGAUGGUGGUGGUGAAGAAGGAGAAACCACGAGUGCGGGGAAAGAAGAUGAUGGUGAGGCUGUCGAGGAUAUUCAUGGAUAAGAAGACAUCGUAUAUGGUGCCGGAGGAGGAAUCCCUCCCCCGGCAGCAGGAGGAUCCGAGGGAGGUAUUUUUCCAGUAACCGGAGGAGGGAUUGCAGAGAAGAUUGAAGACGGUGGCGGGAUCCUCAAUUCAGCCCACGUGUGAGCAGAAGGUAAGGCCAGUAGUUUUCAUAGUUUGCCAAUUGAAAAAUUCUUCGAUUUUCAAAUUAGAGAUGGAAAAAACUCUAGUAAAAUCUGAAGGUCGAUUUGAAGUGUUUAAUAGAAGGAAGUAUUUGGGCAAGGAAACCUCUCCACGUUUAGGGUCUGUGUCUUGUGCUAUGGUGCGUAACGAAUUAUACUUAGCGUGUAGUUAUUCGCAGCUUGACCUUCAGGGCAGCCAGAUCCGCGAAGCUCCCGUUCAUAUGUUCGACACUUUGAAUGAACGACUGAUUGAGUUGCCGUCGUCAUCUCAUGGUUUUGUUACACCCAACCCUUUCCCCGUAGUUAUGGCUGUUGGAACUCUCCAACUUUAUGUUUAUGGACAAUCUAUGGCAACUACAUUGAAUGUCCCAGCGCCAACACUUGAGAGCUUUAACAUUGGAGAGUUCAAAUGGGAAUCACAAUUACCUCCACAAUUUGAUUUACCGAGCUGUACCUUUGUUAAUGGUUAUGCGGUUGUAAAGAAUUUUCUCCUCAUUUCGGUGGCAGAUUUCAAUCUUAGACAUUCUCGUAAUGAGUUUUUCUACUGGAAUUUCUCUGGUGGUUCUAAUUCCAAAAACAAGUGGGAGAAGAUGAUCUUGUCAAAAGGCCAAAAAAAUAUACACUAUCCAUUCUCUGGGAAGGCUGAGUUUGUUGAAGAUGUGAUUUAUUCAUACAAUAGAGGCUUGUAUGCAUACCGGGUUGAUUGCUGUUCUGACAAAGAAGGUCUACAGAUAUCUCCUCCUCAGCUAGUUGGAUUUCCCAAGUUUGCAGCCCCGCCUGUGGAUUGGUCUGAUUCCAUCCAUUUCUCGUUCAGCAGUGCAUAUAUGGGGAUUGGGAAGAGAUUCUGUAUCAUCAGGACUGGGGACUCGGGUUGUAUUGGUGAUCAGCAAUUCGUGGGCGUAUCUGUAGUUGAAGUUUCUGAAGAUAUGCAGUGUCUAACAACCCUCUCUUCAACAAUCUGCCCACUCGACAUCAGUGGCCUCGGCAGUGACUUGAUCCUCGAUUCUUGCUUUGUCAAAGGCUGAGAUUGGGAGCAAGAUCCCUUUUAACUUUGAAGGCAAGAUCCCUUGGGGGGUUGGGUGAAGUUAACCGAAUAGUAUUUAAUGGCUUGUGGCAUGUGAAUGGUAGCAUUGGAAUGGAAGAGGAGACUUUUGAGCUCUUUGACUCGGGCAAGGGGAGAGCGCGAGCUGAAACUACAUGGUGUAAGGCUCGGGUAGUUGCAUCUAUACCCUGGAGUAGGAGUUUGUGUACCUUUUCCGGUCUGAAUAUCUCCUGAUCCGUGGACGUAGCCUAUAGUUAGGGUGAACCACGUAUAUCUUGUGUUUUGUGUGUAUGAUUGUUCCAUUUCUUACUCUUUCGGUGGAUCUCGGUGUUCCUUGUGCUUCCCCUAUGCCCCAACACCAAUAAGUCCAUAGAACUCCGAAGGUUGAAAAAUUCACUCCGUUUUACUGAAGUCAAAAUAUGAAGUCGCGGAUUCAUUAAGGCAAGAAUAAUUUGUGGGUUUUGUAGUUGAGCUUAACAAGCCUUACAAUGAGGUUACAAUGUUGUUUUCAGUCCAUGCAUCAGAUUAUUGAUUUAGAAGAGUCUGAGCCCACAUGAAAUCAUCAUGAUAAACUUUGAUGAGCAACCCAGUCCAACUAAUUUGUAAAUCCGCGAUAAUAAUCUGCUCUGAAACCAAAUCAUCAACUACCUAUGUGAACCCUAUAACUUUAAGGAGACCCCUACUUCCUCUCCUCACUUUAUCACCAAAGUUGUCAUUUGCAGCACCAAGCUUUCAUUUUAACAAUCAAUGGACUCUACCAACUCUAGAAAAGCCAGAGUUACCCACCAUAGAAAAAUUAGCUUUGGUCAUACCAAAACAAUUACAAAUCAGGGAUUCUCAUCAAGUGCCCUAGAAUUACGGGAGCCAAUUCUGGAAAAGAAAUCACCACCAUGGACCAAACUAUUGCUGAACUCUGUGAGGGUUCACAAGGUCUGGCGGAUGCUAUACACCCGAAGAGCUCGAAAAGAUAAGAAAGGAGAUGAGCAAAGCUGACAAUUAAGAAAGACAAUCUAUCACCGAGUAAGAUAUAGCCGAAUUCCUUAAAACACUGAAAACGAGUGAGUACAACAUGGUAGAAUAUCUCAGUAAGCUUCUCAGUCAGAUCUCGUCCUAACGUACAUCAUGGAUGUUUGAUAUAGGGGACGUUCCUAACAGUAAAAGAAAAAUGAAAUAAUUCUAUACUAAUUCGAAUUAAGAGAAAUAAUAACAAAUAAUUUAUUUAGUUUCUUCCCAUAUUGAUACGGUGAUUCCAGCCACUAACAUUAAAUUCAUCCUCAUUAUGUUUGUCAAAAUUCAACAUCAACUAUUAUUCCUUGCCUUAUAUAGUUGUGUAGCAUCAUUAAUGCAACUACAAUCAUGUUUUGUGUUCCAAAUGAAAAAUGAGCCAUAUGUGUUAAAAUUAGCCAUCAAGCUUUCCAAACGCUAAAUUAUAUUUCUUAAUGAUGAAGGAGCAUACUUAUAACUUCUUCGGCAUGGAAACUUAUUUGGAAUUCUUGUAAAUGAUGGCGCAUAUGGCGUUAAAUAUCCUAACAUAUUAGGGCACCCAAAUAACGAAAUAUUUACCGGUUAACGAAAAAAAAAGUAUAUAAAUUGCUAAUCUAGCCAUGGUCGAAGCAAAUAACUCAAGACAAUUGGAUUAGACCUUGCUCUUCUUACUAAGCAUUUGCUUUUGCUAUGUCUAAGGUCUAGAAUUCUUAAUCAAAUGAACCAAACUCAGAGCUCUACUGAUUAAAAGUUUGUUUUGAAAUCGUUCAUUAACGCUAUUAUAUGAAAAUAGUAAGAAAAGAAAAGAAGUGAAUUUUUUUUUUUGAUUACUUUGGAAGUUUGAGAGAAAAUGACUUUUUAACUUUUUCAUA